CUGGGACUGACUUUCUAGCCUCCCGGCGGCCCCUGCGACGGGCGUACGUAAGGAACUGGCUGGCGGCGGCCGUUCUCCGUAAGAUGGCUGACCGGCGGCGGCAGCGCGCUUCGCAGGACACAGAGGACGAAGAGUCCGGUGCUUCCGGCUCCGACAGCGGCGGUUCCCCGGCUCGGGGCGGCGGGGGCUGCAGCGGUAGUACUGGAGGCGGCGGCAGCGGUUCUCUGCCUUCCCAACGCGGAGGCCGAGCUGGGGCCCUUCAUCUGCGGCGGGUGGAGAGCGGGGGGGCCAAGAGCGCCGAGGAGUCUGAGUGUGAGAGUGAAGAUGGCAUCGAGGGCGAUGCUGUUCUCUCGGAUUAUGAAAGUGCAGAAGACUCAGAAGGUGAAGAAGGGGAGUACAGUGAAGAGGAAAACUCCAAAGUGGAGUUGAAAUCAGAAGCCAAUGAUGCUGCUAAUUCUUCAGCAAAAGAAGAGAAGGGAGAGGAAAAGCCUGACUCCAAAGGCACUGUGACGGGGGAGAGGCAAAGUGGGGAUGGACAGGAGAGCACAGAGCCUGUGGAGAACAAAGUUCCCAAGCACUUGGAUGACGAUGAAGAUCGGAAGAACCCUGCAUACAUACCCCGGAAAGGGCUCUUCUUUGAGCAUGAUCUUCGAGGGCAAACUCAGGAGGAGGAAGUCAGACCCAAGGGGCGUCAGCGAAAGCUGUGGAAGGAUGAGGGUCGCUGGGAGCAUGACAAGUUCCGGGAAGAUGAGCAGGCCCCAAAGUCACGACAGGAGCUCAUUGCUCUUUAUGGAUAUGACAUCCGUUCAGCUCACAAUCCUGAUGACAUCAAACCCCGAAGAAUCCGGAAACCCAGGUUUGGGAGUCCUCCACAAAGAGAUCCAAAUUGGAUUGGUGAGCGGCCAAACAAGUCUCAUCGCCACCAGGGUCCUGGGGGGACCCUACCACCAAGGACAUUUAUCAAUAGGAAAGCUGCAGGUACAGGUCGCAUGUCUGCUCCCAGAAACUACUCUCGAUCUGGGAGCUUCAAGGAAGGUCGUGCUGGAUUUAGGCCUACGGAGACUGGUGGACAGCAUGGUGGCCGGUCUGGUGAGACUGUUAAGCAUGAGAGUAGUUACCGGUCACGGCGCCUGGAGCAGACUCCUGUGCGGGAUCUGUCUCCAGAAGCAGAUGCUCAAGUGCUUGGCAGUCCUGAGAAGGAAGAGGUGGCCUCAGAGAUACCAGCUCCUGCUCCUGCUCCUGACACUGCACCACCGCCCCCUGACAGACCUAUUGAGAAGAAAUCCUAUUCCCGUGUAAGAAGAACCAGGAUCAAAGCUGGAGAUGCAGUCAAGAUUUCAGAGGAGAUGCCUCCUCUACCUGAAGGGCUGACCCCCACACCUCAAGUUCCAGAAACUACUCCUUCCCCUGAUAAGACUGGGAACUGGGAGGCUCCAGUGGAUUCUCCUACAAGUGGACUUGAGCAAGACGUGGCACAACUGAAUAUAACAGAACAGAAUUGGAACCCAGGGCAACCUCCAUUUCUGCAACCACGCGAACUUCGGGGUAUGCACAACCACAUACACAUGGGAGCAGGACCUCCACCUCAGUUUAACCGGAUGGAAGAAAUGGGUGUCCAGGGUGGGCGAGCCAAACGCUAUUCAUCUCAGCGGCAGAGACCUGUGCCAGAGCCCCCUGCCCCUCCCGUGCAUAUCAGUAUCAUGGAGGGACAUUACUAUGAUCCACUGCAGUUCCAGGGACCAAUCUAUACCCAUGGAGACAGCCCUGCGCCACUGCCUCCUCAGGGCAUGAUUGUGCAGCCAGAAAUGCACCUUCCCCACCCAGGUUUACAUCCCCAUCAGACACCAGCACCUCUGCCCAAUCCGGGCCUCUAUCCUACACCAGUGUCCAUGUCUCCAGGACAGCCACCACCUCAGCAGUUGCUCGCUCCUACUUACUUUUCUGCUCCAGGAGUCAUGAACUUUGGUAAUCCCAGCUACCCUUAUGCUCCAGGAGCACUGCCUCCCCCACCACCUCCUCAUCUAUAUCCUAAUACACAGGCCCCAUCACAGGUAUAUGGAGGAGUGACUUACUAUAACCCCGCCCAGCAGCAGGUGCAGCCAAAGCCCUCACCACCCCGGAGGACUCCCCAACCAGUCACCAUCAAGCCCCCACCACCUGAGGUUGUAAGCAGGGGUUCCAGUUAAUAUGAAUUUCUGAAUAUUUUAAAUCUAACAUAAUAUAAAAAACCGCAAAGGUGAGAACCCAGGAAAGAAGAGAAAUUCAGCUGGCUGUCUACUACCAGGAGGGCUUCAAAGAUAAAGGGUGGCUCCUACCAGCAAGCAGCUGAAUGAGGACCCCUGGCUCCCUCUGAGGACAGGCUCUAUUAGAGACAGGGAGAAACAAGUGGACUUCCUACUGUCUCCACUCUCUGCUGGAGUUAGCUGUGCUCAGAGGAGCAGAGAUCAGCCUACAUCUAGAAAACCCAGGUUUUUGGCUCUUCUUCACUUGUCCUGGGAAAUUCAAAUGUCUUCUGCUGCUCCCAGGGAAGCUCCUUCCUGUUUGUUUUGUGUGUGUGUCUCUCCCCCCCACCCCCCCACCCCCCCACCUUUAAAUGAAAAAAGUUCAUUUUUCUGGUUUGCUGGCUCCUCUGGUUCCCUUUUGGUUCUUCCCUACAAUGCAGAUAAUUGAGAAUUGCCAGCUGGUCUUUUCCCACCAGAUCUACAGAGAGCUGGCCUUUCACUUUUGGUUGGACUUCGUUAUAUAUUUGGAUUCUCUUAACUUCUCUAAGCUCAAAGUUUGAGGUAGGAGCCCUUCUUCUUGACUUCAGUUUUUAGGAGCCUGAGUCUCCGUCAUUAGUCUCUGGUAGUCUUCAGGCCUCUACUGAGGAUAGAGUCUGUACAGUGGGGAGGGAUGGCAAAUCAGGUGUUUUUGUGAGAAGGGAGGGUAGAGUGAGAGCCUUUGCACCUUAGGGCUAUGUAUUCACACAGUCCUCAGGGCUCACUCAGUCUUUGAGGUAAGUGGAAUUAGAGGACCCUACUUUUCUUAUUUCCACCAAUCCUAACACACUCCUUUUCCAGUUGCUGUGGACCAAUGCAUCUCUCUAGAGGCAAAUAUUAUCCAGCAAGCAAUCUAUCCUGUCCUUUAUACUUGCUCUUUUUCAUAUAUUGUCUGCUGCAAGUGUUUUAGGUGUUACUACCUUAUUUUCCUCUAGUUCUACUCCUGUCCUUGCAAGCAGAAGAAGGUACAGCACCUGGGCUUAAGGCCUAAGGAAGCCAGUCACUUUUGCGGCAGGGGCUCCUUUCCUCCCCAUCCACAGCACUGAACCACUUUCCUGCUGCCUCUGCGAAAGAGAUUCCUAUUAUUGCAGCACUUGUGUCUGCCAAGGGUACCUUGGCCACUGUCUCUGUCCUACAGAACUUGAGGGAGAAGGUGGCAGCUGUGUCUCUCCCCAAGUAAUGUCAGUUUGUAUUCCUUCUCUUAAGCAGCUGGCCUGACCGCUCUUGAGUCCAUAGUAUGUGGGAGGGAGGAGAGGCACUCAAGCUGUAACCCUAAAGGAGGAAAUAUCUAAGAGAUUCUUCCAGGGGCAGCUGGUGGUUGUGCCUGUGGUAGGCUCUUCCCUUUGCCUUAAACCUGAAGAUGUCUCCUCAAGCCUGUGGGCAGCAUGCCCAGAUUCCCAGACCUGAAGACACUGUGACAGUUGUCUAUGUUGGUCCACUGUGUUUCGUUGCAAGAAUUUCUUGUUGUUGUUACUGUUUUAAAGGGUACACAUUUGUGAUCAGUAUUGUGACUUGACGAUAAUAAAAUUUAGACUGUAAA